UUUCAUCAACGCUGACGGGAGUGUAAUUACAAUUGUCAUUAUAUGUCACUAAUCUCCAUUAAUUCUUAGUUUCAUUCCAUCACUCAAAAUCAUGUAAGAAAAAAUAUAAUUUUAUCAUCACAAACUAAAUAGCAAAAAAUAGGAAAUAAUAAUUUAUAGGAAUAAAAUCAUGCAGACAAAAUAAGUACGUUAACAGAAUGCAGUGUUUUAAUGCGUUGAGGUCAAGCGUCUUCAGGGCGUCCUUUGAGCCUGCCCAGCUUCAACUAAUACACAUCCUGAAAAGGUUCAGAAGAUGCUCUCCUUGUGACACCUGUUUUUUCCCUCCCGAGAAGAAACCGUGUUUCGACAUCCGCAACGUGACCAUCGAGCGUGCAACUACUUGCCACUCGAGAAUGAUUCGCUCUUUCCUGUAUACUCAGUACUGGCCGCGCGAACCAAGCGUCGUAGGCCUGUGGAUGCCCAUCAACAGCCCUUAUCUGGAAGUUCUCACGGAUAAGUACUCAAAUUCGGGCGAACGUAUCCUAGCUUUUGAAAAAAUACAGCGAACUGGUGAAAGGAGGCUUAUUGGCGUUACUGUCGCCAACAGGGUGUACCCCUGGAUGGUUGAUGAGCUGGAAGAGUGGGCACACUACACCGCAUCCAAACCCGAAAAGCAUAGAAUGUACUUCUGUGCCCACUGUCUCAGAAGCCCUAAUUUAUUCAAGAAAUAUAAUGUGGAUUACAUUUAUGAUAUCGAGGUGCUGGGUACGGCAGCAGAGGUGACUGGCCAGGGAGUGGGCACACUACUGCUAAAAAAUGCAUUAGCAAGCGCUGAGGAAAUGCGCCAUCCCCUUGUUCAGUUGGUAUCCUGCAGCCAAUAUACGUCAAAGAUCUGUGAAAAAUGCGGUAUGAAACGUGUUUGGACUAUGGAUUACUCUGACUUUGUCGAUGAUGCCGGUCAACGGGUGUUCUUCCCCAGAAGGCCACACCACACUGUUGGCCUCUAUGUCAAAUACUUCGACCCCAAAAUUGGCGGCAUAGAGCCCUGCAAGCCGCCAUACUAACACCAAACACUAGCAUUAAGUUUAAAUUGUACGCCAUCUAUUGGCGGGACUUCAAAACGUUUGCACGUAUGACGUCAACUAUCUGUUAUCUAGGUACCAGUCUUUCAUGUUGUUUCAAUUACAGUAAUAAAACGCUUCACAAUUUCAUGUUUCUUUUAAUAAAACCGUACAAAAAUAUCGUUACAAAGGACUAAACAUAAUAAAUAUUACAGUAUCCGUUGAUAUCUUAUAAAUAACUCUCCUAACUCAUCAGUUCUGUUCCAUCUUGUAGUAUUCAACGUCUAGUUGUGUUGAUGUAAGGCUUUUCAAAGGUCUCUGCACGACACGUUUUUCUGUUGUUUACACAAAACAGUAUGAUUUUGUUAUGAUUUAAAUAACUCUUCUAUGAGCCUUGCCUUUUUUGUUUCACGGUUUUACGAUCUUGAUUUUUCAAGGUUUUUUGGAUAUUUUAACGAUCACUUUGAUUGUUUUAAACAAAUAUUGUCCCAUCAUAGUACAUUUAAAUGUUUCAACUUUAUCACAAUAAUAACUGCAUAUUUCAAGACGGAGCAAUAAGGUGAUUUAAAAUAGUUUCUCAUUUAAUGAACAUAUAAAAAAUGGGCUCAGACUAACAAAAAACUGUUGCACCAAUCGUGAAGACAUGUCUCAUUGGACACGGCAAGUUACGAAAACCAAUGUUUGGGUUGCAGUAAUGUUUUAAAAUGGACAAAUGAAUAAUAUCGACUGGUUCCUCGACGACCAAGAGCAAAACGAAAACGAAUAUGAUAUGAAGAUGAAUAUGAAUGAUGAUGAAAAAAAUAAUGAAUAAUAUUAAACAAAAAAACAGGAAGAAAAUAUAGUUAGAUACAAAAAAAAAUAAUCAAUAGAAGGAAAUAAUAUAGUGAAAAUGAGAACAACAAACGGGCGAGAUGAAAAAUGAAAAACCCAAAACAUAAUUGAAUAG